AUGCGACUCCCACUACCGACGGAUUUCUUCGCACCUGUGCGUCUCUCCGUAGGUGAACUCCACGAUUUACAGCGUAUAAAAGCUCAUCUUCUAUCAAUCUAUUUAUCUAGUUAUGAUGCCUAUUGUGAAGAUACCCAGUCAUCGAUUUGGAAAUUUGUAGGACAACAAGCAGGAAUGAAAAUCUACAAACAAAAACGGCCAAAGGAGAAGAAGAAGAAGCGACAGUGUGCUAAUUGGCAGCAAUUGGAGAAUGAAGACAAUGAUACGCAAAGAAUUCGACGUUGUCAAUGCGAGUGUGAUCUACCUGCAUUGAGACUUGUUGGUAGCGUCGAUGGAACGCUCGAAGACGUUAUGUAUGGAGCCAUGUGGCUAUCAGGUCACGAACGUGCUGCGAGAGCUCAUUUUACUAGUGAUAAUGUACACGAUGGUGCUGUGCUUUGCUCCAUAGUCAUGCCAUCGAGUGCAAACCCAUUUCGAUCAUUGAGUGUCAAGUGGGCGCUCAAACGCGCACCACAUGGAGGUCUGGUGGUCAAAGACCGAGAUUUCUGCUACUUGUCAGCUACAGGCAUCGUCCACUCGCCUCAAACAGGUGUUAAAUUAGGCUAUAGACUACGUCACUCUAUCAUAUUCCCGUCCUGUCCGCCAUUUCAGAAUCAUUCUGUAAUACGAGGACAGAUUUUUCUGUGUUCCUUCUUCAGACAGCAACAAAAUGGAAAAGUGUUGGUUUUUCACGAAGGGAAGUACGAUGUCGGAGGUGGCACUGGUGCCAUUGGACUGGGCUUGCCAAAGUUGAUUGCGGAAAAGAGUAUUUUGGAGACAUUGUUGAGUCUUCAAAAUGUACGCGUGUGUGCGCUGGCUAAAAAAUUGGCAAGAGCAGUGGAAGAAACCGAGGCAAAGCAAGCAGUUGCAUCAAUCUCCUCAACAUCAGUACGGGAGUCGCUGGAUGGUGAAAGGCGCUGUGGAAUGUGUCUGCGUCGUUUAGGCAACGCACUCAAACGACGGUGCGCAGCAUGUCGCCAUUGGACGUGCUCACAGUGCAGUGUGCGGCAGGAGAUAGUGCCGUCCGCUCGAUUUAGAUGGAUGAAUGGACCGAUGGCGGCCCGCUGCUUUUGUAAAGCUUGCGUUGCUACCGUGCUACGCGAUAAUUCUGCACAAUAUGCAUCGCAAGAUGCGAAUGAAGACAAUUAUAACGUGACAUGUGGACGGUGGGAUCACGAUAACAUUUCAGAAGAAGAUGACAAUGACGAUGAAGUACUCUGCAUGCCAAAUCUUCGUCAGUCGAUAAAGUUGUUCUCAGCCGAUUUGCAGUAUUCUGAAGUGGAGUAUUUGUCUUGCCAACGCGGGGUAAGGACGUUGUCUACUUCACUACCAUGUAGCACCCGAAACGGGUAUCAGGAUUCUGUAUCUACUAAGCAACUGUCUAUUGGAGCUAAAGCUAUGAAGACCGUCAACAGCUUCUUACCUGACUACCGACGGCGGCGUAAUUCAACGCUGUCUGUCAUUCCUGAUUUGACGAAUGGAGGCCAAACUUUAGAAAGAUGCCGGGCUAGGUAUUGCUGCAGUACAAGAGCGCCUGAUAUCCUUUUGCGAAGCGAUGUGGGUAGACGCAACUGGGCAUCGUCAGCUUCAGCACUUUCGCUUGAAUCACCACAGCGACAUAUUGAUGGAUCACCGAUUGUAAAUUAUCACUUCCGAAGGUCUACGGUCUAG